AUGCAAAUCUCUCAGAAGAAAGGAGAGGAAGAUGAGAGGCAGAACUAUACUGAGACCAGGCCAGAGAAGAGGGCAAAAACUGUUAUGGAUUCAAGAGAAAGAUUCGAAGAUGUAGAGAAGAGUGUGGACAUAUCAGAGAAUCUUAGCCUUGAUGCUCAAGAAAAUGUGCAUGAACAGAUUGAGAGGCAGAGGUGGGAAGAGCAUGAUCAAGAGAAGCUGCAGAAACAAAGCAACGAUGAAACAGAGGCUAAUGAUCAACGAAACAUGGAGCAACAGAAAGAUGUUAAGAGGAAGGAGAGGGAUGUUCGUUUCAAACUUGAGCAGUUUUAUAAUCGACAACGGACGAAAAAGCAGCACUUCCAGGCACAACAACAACAGCAGCAAGAGAUGAAACUCCCACAAAAACAAGAACCUGUUCAACAGCAGCCGUUAGCUUCUCAUUUCCAUCUCUAUCCGUUGGUGGAGAAAUUGGCUAAUGCAGUUGAAACUGGGACUCGAGAUCAGAACUCCAGUGCCCUGGUGACUGAACUUAGUAGCUAUUUCAACAAGAGCCAACAGAUGCUGAACUCGGUUUCAGGAUCCCUCGGAUCUAAAACUAUGUAUGUUGAUGGGCAAAAGCGAAAACUAGAGGACACUGAGAAGUUGCUUCAACAGAGAAGGGAGUUGAUUGUGGAAUAUAGAAAAUCUAUUGAAGACAUUUUGAAGAUAGAGCCUUAG